CUCUGGAGGCAUCUGAAGGGUUAUUUGCGGGUACUUUUCAAUCGUAUGCUCUCCAAGGACAAGGAAGCCAGCUGUGUAGGCAGCCAUCGCAUGUGCAUGCGCUGCUCCGUGGAUCCCAAGAACCUGCAGGAGGCAUCUUCCAAGCUCCACAGGAUGAGCAAGGUGGACGUGGUUCCACUCCACCUGCCCCAAGACAGCAAGACUAAGACACCAGACUCUGACAUAGCCCAGGCUGAGACCUGCUCCGGAGGCCACGCCCAUGAGCACACUUCCGCCCAGGCCCAGGCCUUCUCCCUAGUGCACCCCACUGGGAACACUCCUGUCAAAGCCCAGAACUUCUCCUCCACCCACCCCUCUGAGCACGCCCCACUUCAGGCCCAGACUUGCUCCACAUUCCACUCCCCUGAGCACACCACCCCCCAGGCCCAGACCCCCUCCCCAGCCCUCACCCCUGAGCACAGCCCUGCCCAGGUCCAUGGCCCUGAGCAUACCUCAGCCCAGACCCCAGCCCAGGCCCAAGACCAGGACACCUCACAUGCCUCAGCCCAGUCCCUGGGCCAAAUAUCUGUCUGCACCCUGACCCAUGCUCAUCUGACCUAUAUCCAUGCCAACACUCUGGUCCCUCUCCCAACUUCUGCCCCUGCUACUACUCCUGCCCUAGCCCCUACACCAGUCCCUGUCCCGAUCUCUGCCACAACCUCUGUCCCAGGGCUGGGCAUGGCCCUGACGAACACUCAAGUCCCGUCCACCACCCCUACGCCCAUCCUAGGUUCUAUUCCCUCUACCUUGUCUGCCUUUAGCCAAGGCCUCUCCUCCGGCCAUGUGGUCUACCAUGACCGCAGGGUAAAGCAGAACUUAUUCCAUGUGUGUCCGCCUCAGAACUCUGGAUAUUCCAGAAAGAACUUGCUGCUGGAUGCCGCCUCAGUGUGGACGGGCUGGUACCCCCUCCAGGCCCCAAGAGGGGCAUGGUCUGGUGAGCUCUGGUACAGCAGAGCAAACACUGAAGCAAUGUAGUAGGGACAGUGCCAAGCCCUCCACAGGAUCCAUACUUGGUUACCUGGAGUUGGGGAAUAUGGAAGGGAAGAUCUCAA